AUGAACACUUCCGGUGGCAGUUUCAAAAACUUGAAAGCUUUGCUUGAUUACAAUGAAGAGAAGGCGAAUACAGAUUGUAAGUCACAAGAAACUUCAAAGUUGAAAUUAUUUGUAAACAUUCCAGUUGUACACACUGGCAGUUCAUCCGAUUCACCGUCCAGCUUAUUGGACAUUCUGAUUAAAGCAGAGGAAGGAAUCCAACAGAUCGGGCAGGCGGAUCCGGUCGAUCGGAUGGAAGACAUCGGAGAGACGGUGAUCAGUCAGUUGACCGGAGAGAUCGGUUUGGGCGAGGACGAGGAGAGCAUACGGCAGAACGCAUUCAAACUUUUCGAUGAGGCAAUGUCCUACUCAAAACCAGUGCUCCCUCAGAAACGGAAAUGUAAGCAUUUCUUGCAUUUUGUUGUGAAACACCAUAUUCAGUUUUCCAGAUACUCGUUGGAAACAUCCCGUUGAAAACAAGGCAGUUUUUCCUGCUGCGGUCCCUCCCGUGGUGGAAAAGGCCGACACGAAAUCCACAAUUCCGAGAGCGAAAUUCGCCGUAGAUUGUCCAGAAUUCUUUGAAACGGGCCAAAAAUAUCUGCUCAGUUUCAAAUACUGCAUGAAAAGCUGGAAGAAGAGCGGGAGACGCUAUUCGAAGAUCAAGUGAGCAAAGACGUCGAUCGACUGCUUCAGGCCGCAAAUCGGAUCUACGGACCGAAAAUCUGGAGCGACGAGGAGAAGGCCGAGUUUGCGAAAUACUGUAGGAAGCUGCGAAAAGGAACGUUGACGAGUGAUGACAAAAAGGAAUUGAAGACAUUUUACGCGAAGGCGUACAAUUUGGAGAAUGGCGCAGUGCCACAACCGGUCGUCCAACCGACUGUAGAGCCGCAGCAAACGGAAACGACGACGCGAAAAGUGGAAGUGUUCCGACUCCGACUUCAUCGCCGAUAAAACGAAAAACUAAUCACAAAGAAGAGGAAGAGUUGUUGUACCCGAAAAGAGCCACAAUCGAGAUGAAAGGAGUGAAAAUAGAAAUCAAAGAAGAAGAUGUUGAUCCGUACGAAGAAGGGUGCUCAACCGAAGUGGCGCCGCCGCCAGUGAAAAUGCAGUUCACUCCUUUCCACCCCGGAAUGAAAUACGAGAAAGAGAAGGAAUUCCGCGCCGCCGCCAUAAACAUCUUCAUGGAAGUCUUCUUGAAUGUCCGUAAGUUCACCUCCAGCACCGGCUCUUCCGAUGAUCCGAUUCAAGCGAGGAGGAGGGGAAGACCUCGCGUUCUCUACCGUCCGGCAGUUCCGACACCAGAUGAGCAAGCGAAAAGGAAGGAAGAGGAUUUGAAGUAUCUGUCGCGGAAAAUGAAUGAGGUGAUGAAUGAGGAGGAAAAAGUAUGGAGUGUAGAAGAACUGGACGAGCUCGGACGAUUCUAUCACGUGUUCCGAGAAAAGAUGAACUUAACUAUUAUCCAGACGAAGGAGUUGGGGAACUUCCUGCGAAAGGCAUUUGGACGACUGGAACAGUAUGAAAUUGAAAGAGAAAAUGACGCGGCUUUGAAGGAAAAGAGAAAGUACUGGCAGGAAUACAAAAGGACUCAUGAGCCGUCAUCGCAACGAGGAGGUACAGCUUUAGAGACUUUUUGAUUAUUAACAGCAACGAAUUCAGGAAAAAGAACGGCGCAUGUGAGGACGACCCCAGUCCGACCGUACAUCAAGACUAACAUAGACACGACUGGAGAAACGGAGGAGCAGAGAAAGGCGAGGAAAGCAGCCUAUUUGCGUGCGUGGAGAGUACGUAGAGGUAUUCGAAAACUCGGUGGAAAAGAUUGAGUACAUGUCAUUCAUAGUUUCAGCUGAGCAACAGAACACGCAACUGGCCUCGUUCCUCGGAAUAACUUCUCCGGACGAUGAAGGAAACAGUGAAUAG